CUUCCGCUCUUUGAAUGCAGUCACUUCCGCGUUUGAUCGAGCAGUUUCAGCCUGUUUACUGUCAUUAUCCUGAAUAAACUUCACUUUUCCGCGCACAGCUGCGGUUCUCGGCGGAUUUCGGCGUGUUCGCGGGGUCGGCGGUGUUUGGUGGUGUAUGUGAGUGGGUGUGUGUGUGAGAGUGUGUGUGACCUGAGGCUCGGUGUCCAGCAGGAAUAUGAGCUGAAGAUGCCGUCCGUGUCCAGCGGAGUGAAGGAUCUCUAUCUGUCCACGUCACUCGGAGAUCUGAACAAAAAGGCAGAAAUCAAGCCGGACAAGAGCAGCACCAGACAUUAUGUCCAGAGCGCGUGUAAGAUCUUCAAGGCGGCGGAGGAGUGUCGUCUGGACCGCGAUGAGGAGAAGGCGUAUGUGCUGUACAUGAAGUAUCUGAGCGUCUAUGACCUGAUCAAGAAGAGGCCAGACUUCAAGCAGCAGCAGGAGUUUUUCCUGUCUAUGCUCGGCCCGACCAGCUUUAAAAAGGCCAUCGAGGAGGCAGAGAAACUCUCAGAGAGUCUGAAGCUGCGGUAUGAGGAGGUGGAGGUGCGGAAGAAGCUGGAGGAGAAAGAGAGAAAAGAGGAAAAGAGUCGGAGAGAAGAGCGAACGGAGAAGAAGGAAGGACACGCGUCACCUCAGACUAACACUGAGAGGAAGGACAGUAAGAAGGUCAAAGAGGAGCCCAAUAACAGCAAGAGUGUGUGUGAUAAAGGCAGCAUCAGUGCUGAGGCUCUGUUCCGGCUGAUGAAGGACUCCAGCAUCAGUGUGUUGGUGAUGGACGCUCGGCCCGCGCUGGACUUCCAGGAGUCUCAGAUCAGCGUCCCGUCGCAGACCUGCAUCAGCGUUCCAGAGGAGGCCAUCAGCCCGGGGGUGACGGUGAAUCAGAUGGAGCUGAAGCUGCCUGCGGUGUCUCUGAGUGAGUGGAAGCGGCGUGGGUUUGUGGAUUAUGUGGUUCUGCUGGACUGGUUCAGCUCUGUCUCUGACCUCAGACUGGGCUCCACUCUCCAGAGUCUGAAGGACGCCCUCUAUAAGUGGGACAGCAGCACUAUCCUGCGCAGUGAGCCGCUGGUGUUGGACGGAGGAUACGAGAGCUGGCUGCUGUUUUACCCCAUGUACACCAGUAACGCUAAAGUGAAACCCCCCCGACAGCAGACGCCCAGCACACUGCCACAGCUGAACUUCACGUACCCGUCGCUGGAGGAGCCCAAACCUGUGAGUGUGUGUGAAGAGCCAGCAUCAGCAGCACAGAUGAAUGGCAAAACCCUGGAGCCAGAGCCACCUGCAGAUCCCACCACAAACACACACACACCACCACUGGUCCAACCCACAAACACACACACACCACCGCCGCUAGCCCAACCUACAAACACACACACACCACCGAUCGCUCCAUCCACAAACACACACACUCCACCGCUGGCUCCACCUGCUCACACUGAGGCUGCAGCGCCGCCCACCGCCUCGCCCAGACACACACCACAGGUGGACCGCUCCAAGAAACCAUCAGUUAUUCCCCCGCCCAGCUCGAAGCUCAUCAGUGACCCUGCAGUCAGCGAGGGCCCGGCGGCACCAGCAGCACACAAUGGCCCCUCGGUGCCCGACCGCUCCGUCAAACCCACCACAGACCCAUCCCGAGCCCUGAGUGCAGAGCAGCGGCGGGAGAUCCAGAAAGACACGCUGGACCUGAUGGAGAAGGCCAGGAGAGAGCAGGAGCAGCGCAGGAGAGCCCAGGAGCAGGAGAAGCUGGAGGACAAACAGCAGGACAGGAGGAAGCUGGAGCGGCAGACGGCUGAGGAGGAGGACCCGAAGGAGACCAGCCCUGAAGACAAGAGCCGCAAAACACAGAAGGACACGCCGGCGGACAUCCCGAUGAAGAGCAUGUCUCUGGACUCACCCGCACCGUUCAACGCUAGGGAGCCGCUGACCCGAGCACACAGCGAGGAGAUGGGCAGGACAGUCCCAGGGCUGCCGGACGGCUGGAUGAAGUUUCUGGACACGGUGACGGGCACCUACAGGUAUUACCACUCUCCCACCAACCGUGUGCACCUGUACCCGCCGGAGGUCAGCACUCCGCAGCCGCCAGCCAAACACACGCCGCCUGCGCAGCCGGCAGCAGACACGGAGACUGAGAAGCAGCGGCAGCGGGACCGAGAGCGGGAGCAGUCCAAACUCAAGCGCUCGUACUCCUCUCCAGACAUCAGCCAGGAGCUCAGCGCAGAGACCAGACAGAGACCCGCUGCGGUGCCCAGCAUCAACAGAGAGAACAAGCCUCUAGCUGCCAGCACAUAUGCGAAGGUGGAGAUCACUCGUCCGUCCGCAGCAAAGAUCCGCAACCUGAACCCAGUGUUUGGGGGCCAGGGGCCGCUGCUGACGGGCCUCCGCAACCUGGGGAACACCUGCUACAUGAACUCUAUCCUGCAGUGUCUGUGCAACACCGUGGCCAUGGCGGAGUACUUCAACCGGAACUACUAUCAGGACGACAUUAACCGGGCGAAUAUCCUGGGUCAUAAGGGCGAGGUGGCGGAGGAGUUCAGUGUGGUGAUGAAGGCGCUGUGGUUGGGUCAGUAUAAGAUGAUCAGCCCACUGGACUUUAAGGGCACCAUCUGUAAGAUCAACAGUCGCUUCUCCAGCUAUGAGCACCAGGACUCUCAGGAGCUGCUGCUCUUCCUGAUGGACGGCCUGCAUGAGGAUCUCAACAAGGCGGACAAGCGCAAGGGCUAUAAGGAGGAGGAGAUCGAGCAUCUGGACGACGUGAGCGCAGCGGAUCUGGCGUGGUCCAAACACAAGCAGCUGAACGAGUCCAUCAUCGUGGCUCUGUUUCAGGGCCAGUUCAAGUCCACGGUUCAGUGCAUGAGCUGCCAGCACAAAUCACGCACCUUCGAGACCUUCAUGUACCUGACGCUGGAGAUGACGGCCAGCAGCAAGUGCUCUCUGCAGGACUGUCUGAAACUGUUUCAUAAAGAAGAGCGUCUGACUGACGGUAACCGCUUCUACUGCCGCCACUGUAAGACCCACCGCGACGCCAUCAAGAGGAUGCAGAUCUGGAAACUGCCGCCCAUAUUACUGGUGCACCUGAAGCGGUUUAAAUAUGAGGGCCGCUGGAGGGAGAAGCUGCAGACGCUGGUGGAUUUCCCUCUGGAUAAUCUGGACCUGUCGCAGUACGUCAUCGGACCCAAACACAACCUGAAGAAGUACAACCUGUACGCCGUGUCUAAUCACUACGGUGGGAUGGACGGUGGGCACUACACCGCCUACUGCAAGAACCCCAUGAAGCAGCGCUGGUUCAAGUUUGACGAUCAUGAAGUCUCCGAGAUCUCCUGCUCCACCGUGCGCUCGCCCGCAGCUUACAUAUUCUUCUACUCCUCUCUAUGAAGGACCCCACCACUCAUCACCAUGGAGACCGGGUGAUUGACACUUCAAAUAGCCACUGUGGGCGGAGCUGAAGCCUGAUUUGAGGACUGGGGAAUGCCUCUCUCUCUCUCUCUCUCUCUCUCUCUCUCUCUCUCUCUGUGGGCGUGGCAGUGGUGUAGCCGGCAGGAAUGGAACACAGAUGUGUGCUCCUGCUUUCUCCACCUCAUGGCUGGACUCUGUCCUGUAGACGGCCCUCUGUGAGAUUAGACGUCUGCAUACGCGCUCUAUAACCCCAGCUCAUUAGAGCCUUCAUUUAUUUAUAUGAUGACCAAAUAUUGUCAGACGUGUGCUGCCAGAACUGACGAAACCAACACAGUCGAUGAGAGAAACUCCACUGAUGGACCGCUCUGUGCUUAAUUAACACACACACACACUCGCGCACUACACCGCAGUGGAGAUGUAGUUUUCCUGCAGCUUCGGCCCUGUCCUGUAGGCUAGUGUUCAAGGGUCCGCUAAUCACAGCAGUGCAAUAAACACUCAUCAGAGUCAAUGACACACACUAACGUCAGGGGAUUAGCAUUAGCAGUCUGUGUACUGAUAUGGGUCUGAUUGAUUGAGCUGAUUUAUAUGGAGCUCUCAUACACAUACACUCUCUCUCUCUUUUACACACACACACUUUCUCACACACAUACACUCUCACGCACACACAAGCGCUAUCUCUCGCACACACACACUCUCACGCACACACAAGCGCUCUCUCUCUCUGUCAGUGUGUGUGUGGCAUGAUGUUGGGCAUGAGCUUCUGAUGGACUGAUUCUGACUGAUUCUCUCUCCUGGUUUCUCAUCAUAUUAAGCUCAUUCUUUAUAUCCCUGUAUUAGCAUAUAAAUCUUCUACAUCAAUAAAUAAACAGACAUUAA